AUGAAUCGCGAUUUUUUCGAUUUAUUUCUUGAAUAUGAUUUUAGCGGGAUAUCGAACGAGGUAAUUUUAAUUUCUAUUGUUGAAAACAAGUAAAAGAAUUUCAGGGAAAGUGCAAAUCGUUCAAAAAAUGGCUCGAUUUGCCGCCCGAAAUAGGCCAAAUGAUAAUCCAAAAUAUGAAUAUUGUUACAAGGUAAGUAUUUUUUAUUAUCAAACUUCUAUUUUCCCGUUCAGCGCCUAAAAUUCAGGGCUCAAAAUAUUGGGAACCAAAAACGAAUAACAAUUCACGUUUAGACUCAAAAAAAAAACGGUGAAAAAAAAACGGAUCAAUUUUUAUGCGCACAGUUUAUUUUUCAGAAUUUUCCCAAUUUUUCUAAUUUCUGAAAUUUUUUCAUGAAAAAAUACCUGGAGGUAUAAAUAAACAAUUUUUGUCUUUCUGAAUUACCGUAAUAUCCUAAUAAUAUUAUUAUAUUUCAGAUCAAGAUUUGCGUCUUCAUCAAAAACUAAUUACUCAUUUGAAAUGGCUCUACGAUUUCCCAUAUUUGCUUUGGGAGUAAUUGAAGGAUUUGGAGGAAUUCCGAAUUAUUUCGAUGAAGAGAAAAGGCAUUUCGUAAAGUUGGAAAUUGAUUUUGAUGAAUCGCGUGAGAAUUUCAUCAAAUUGAAAUUCGUGAAAGAAGGAGAUGAUUGUUUUUUGUACAGGUAAAUUUUUUGUUUUUAAUAUUUUCAAUAUUUACCGGGUUUUUUCUUCAGAAGAUCGAGACGAAAAUAUUGGAAAAUCAUUGGCGCAACGAAGAAUAUGGAUUAUAAGGAAGCGGCUCAGAAUUAUGUUCAAAUGAUAUUGCAAAAAACGAAAUACCAAAUUAAAGAAAUCAAUGUUGAGACGGUAAUAGUUCACCUCAAAUUUUGAAUCAAUCAAGGAAUUUUUUUUAUUAUAGACAAGUUUCCGGCUCAAAUCAAUUCUUUUUGCAUGUUUCAAAAACAUCGAAAGAUUCAAAAUUUCGUCGGAAAACCUUGAUUCUUUAUUAUGGUAUAUCGAAAAAAUGGGAAGAAAAAUGAUAUAUUUGGAAAUUUCUGCGAAAGAUUGCAAUGGUAUGGAAUUGUUUUUGCCACCCGAUUUUAUUGAUAUCAUUAUGCCACAACUUGUAAACUGCGAAAAAAUUUCAUUUAUCGCUCUUCCCGGAUUUGAUGAUGAACAAUUUUUCAAAUUGAAAGCAAAAGAGAUCGAAAUGAGAAUGGAUUCGAGAUCUAUGAUUUCGAUAAAAACUCUCAAUGAAUUUUUGAAAAAGUGGAUUAAAGGCGAGCUUCGCGAUGAUUUUGUGCAACUAUUCACUUGGAUUGGAUAUCGAUUUGAUAUUGAUGAAUUAUUAGAGGGAAUAAAUGUCACUAAAUGGGAUGAUGGAUUCAAGAGCAAAAAGUGAGUUUAAUCCUCGAGUGCUCAAUUUCUCAAACUCAUUGGAAGUCAAAAUCAAAUUUUCAGUUAUUUAUUCGUUGAAGAAUUCGAAGACAACACUUUAAUGUAUGAAACGGAAGAUGAUUUCGAAGUGAAAAAUGAGAACGAAACUAAGGCUGCGACACUUCGAAUUUCUCAUAACAUAUUUUCGUUUUGUGUCACCGGGUUUCAAUUCAACGGAAAACUAGUUCAUCGAAUUCCAUGGAAAUCUCGGCCCCCAUUUUUCAGACCAUUACCAAUUUCUGAAAAUUAUUAG